AUGCGUUCCGGAAGUAAAUCCUUAGUAGCUGCACCACCAGAUGGCAGAGCUCUUUGGUUGCGACAUGACGGUUCAUCAAUAAAUUUAAUGGCAAGCACGUGUUUUAUUCCGGCUGGAUUGGCAUUACCAGUGGGUGAUUGUUUCGAGGUUCGAAUUUUACGAGUGGAUAGGGCAACGAAAUGCUUAUAUGUAAAACCGUUAUGUAGCGACGAUCAAUAUGAGCUCAGUGUAAAUCUUUCCAGUGCGGCAGUAGACGACACGGAAGAUUCAUUGCGUCCUGCGGUAUCGCAACCACUCAGCAUGAGCACCGUGUAUCUGGUACGAACAGAGAAGGGAUAUCAAAGGGCGGUAUUACUAAAGAGAGACAAGACAAUGACAUUUUCGAUGUAUGGUAUUGAUCUUGGAGAGGUGUUUGAUAUAAGCGCAAAUGACAUAUGCGAAUUAUUGCCAUCUUUGCGUGGUAUACCACCUCUUUGCUUACGUGUUAUUUUGGAAUCUUGUUGUAAUACAAGCAAAUGUGAAGAGUUUGAGUUCUUGGAAGAAGGAGCGAUUUGCAUAAUCAAAAUUUGCAAUGAAUUCCCCUCAAAUUAUCCUCAACGAGCAAAAGAGAUGUAUCCACCAGCAAUCAUGUCGCAAAUAUACAAGAAAAAUGAGGAUGGAAAGUUUGUUGAAAUUACAUGUACCGAGAAGAUAAUUGAAAAGAUCCCAGAAGCUCCUCUAACUUCUGUUACUGAUGAGGUUCAACAUGUCGGAUCUGAUGUUACGCAUGCAUCGGUGAUCACUAACUCAGUUGCUAGCAGAAAGGCUUUUUUCCAAACAUGUAACAUUAAUAUUAACGGUGGUAAUAAUAGUGGUAUGCCUCGACGUCGAUGUCGGGCAUUGGUAGUAAAAAGUGCAUCGGUGCCAGCAAUAACUAGAGAUCCAACCUUGCCGUUUAUGUUUCAAAAGUUCAGUGUUUCAUUACCGGCUCGUUUGACAGCACGAGUAACUGAGCGUACAGACUACGACACCUAUUUAAUGAGAAAUCCCGAAGUAAUCGAUGAUCUGACAAGGCGUAUGGUGACAGCGACAACACCUCUAACAUCUCGAGUAUGCUUAGAUCGUGGUAUUUGUUGUAUAGCUCGGUUGAUCCGUCCAGCACGAUCAAACAGCUCAUCGUUUCAGCCACAAGCAUUCAGAGCAAUAGCUAGCCAUUACCGGCCAGAUGAUAACACCUGUGAAGUAUUGCUUGUUGAUUUCGGGCAGACAGUUGUAUGUAGUGUGUCAGACUUAUUUGAACUCCAGGACCAGCCUGCUGAAGUUCUUGAGAAGCCAAUAGCAUCAUUUCGAUGUCGAGUGAAGAGGUUUUCACCAUCUAAAAAGAAUAUUAAUAAAGGAAUAAGGUUACUUGAUGAAAAUAAUUACAAUGUUUGUUUAACAUUGAAAUGUGCCCGUGAUUUGUAUUGGGCAAAAGUGACAUUAUCAGAUACAGAUUUUGUGCUUUAUUAUAAGAAGCCACGAGUUCGCAAAGAGGUGGAUGAAAAAAAAAGUGUGAAGCAAGGGAAGAAUAUCAAUAGUGCAUCACAGGGUUACUCUGAUUCAUUGGAGCUUGAACAACGAAAAGAGGAACUACAUGAGGAAGAAGAACGAUUGCAUGAGCAAGAAGAAAUGCUGAGAAAGGAAGAAGAAAAUUUUACAAAUGAAAGCAUCAAGAGGGAACAAGAAUUACAGCUGGUAGCAUUACAAAUGCAGCUAUGGGACAUAUCAGCAAAAUUGGAUGUGAUUGCUUCUAAUAACUCAAAUCUUGUGAAAACGAAUGCUUUUUGUCCGCAACUACAACAAAAUACUUAUUGUGAUGUUCCCAUGUAUACCACAAAUGAUUACGGUCAACGCGGCGACGGUUACGGUAAUAAUAAUAGUGCAGCCAGUAUGCAACAACAACAGAACGUCAUCGUAAACCAAUCUUGGGGAAAGCAGUGGACAUCUUAUCUUCAGCCUUCACAUUCAUUGGACUCCACAAACCAAUGCGAUCAGCCAUACCAGCAAAUAAAUGCUAUGCGCUCAUUAAUGCCCUAUGUCACGGAUGCACAGAUGUCAUUCCCGAAUGCAACAAUUGGUCAUCAUUUUGAGAUUCCGAAAUACAACCAAAAUAUAAACAAUCAUGAUUCUCCUGAAAAAUGGUAUUUUCCGCCAAGAAAAUGGCGAGUUGCAUCACCCAAAAGAACGCGGGAGCCGAUGCUCAAUGAUACUUCUUCGGAAAGCAACAAUGGACAUUCAGCAAUGCAACGAUCAUCACGCAGUAAUAAAUUUCAGCCACUAUUUCGCUCCAGUUCAAAAACUAAGAAACGUUCGAUGCAUUCAAAGGCUACCACUCCUCCGACAUCAAAAACAAAUUCCAUGGUUUCGAAUUCAAGCACAGAUUGUAAAAUUUCUGUAUCAGUAGAUUCUUUUUGGGAUAGCUGCCGUCGUAAAUUGGAAUAUGGCGAACCGCCACACCGCACAAUCAGUGAUUAUUGUAAUAUUGUUAAGAAACAGUCGCAUGACGUGCAAAGUAAUUUUCCUAAACGUUCAGUGAGUGAAACUUCGCAAUAUGUGAAAAAUUUGCCGAAGUUUUCAAAUCAAGCAAUUCCGCAGGUAUCCGAUUCAUCACAAACAAGUUUGAUUAAGAAACCAAUUUAUACAUCCGACGAAUCAGCUGAUUAUAGUCAAUUGUCCGUUAAAACAAGUAACUAUGAAGGACAGGAAACGAUUGUAUCUCCAGAGCCAAUCUCCUUGCAUCAAGAUGAUGAUCUGCAGUCAUUUCCAACUUAUCAGAUAUAUCAUAAGCUUAUCAGUAUAGUUAAUGGAAGUGAAUUGAUGGUACGAAGAGUUGGUAGCAAUACUGACUGGCCAGUAUUUUUUGUAACCCCAGCUACAGUAUCGCAAGAUAUAUCUGCCGAAUGUUUUGCUUCGUUGUAUCCGACAGAGAAACUGAAUGCUAAUGAAAUGGCAAUUGGUGCACUUUGUAUAGUACAGUGUAAUGAUCUUAGAAAAACGAAAGUUAGAGCAAUUAUUGAACACUUCAUUGAAAACGUUGCAUAUGUACGACAUAUUGACGAUGGGCAUACGGAAACCAUUCGGCAAAAUGAAUUAUGGUCUACAGAAAACUUGUCUCCAAAGGUUCGUACUCAACCUGCUCUAGCAGUACCGUGUAUUUUGGCUUCUGUGAAUCAAGCAGAACUGGUUAAAACGAUUAGUUCCCGUGUGAGUGAAAUACCUUGUGUUGGUCAGCUGAUGCGUAUUCUAUUCAAAGAACAACGUAAUUCAGACGGUAUUUGGGUUGUUGAAUUAAUAAAUGAAAUGAAUGACGAUGAUAAAAUUGAAUGA